AUGUUCAUAGUAGCAAGCAGUGCCUUUGGAUUCUCAUUGGACGUUUUUUCCUUCAUUUUCACGACCAUAGUUACCUUUAGUUUUCUCUUAUUGGAACAAUCGUUCUCCGGUGGAGAGGUUGGUUUGGCCAUCACCCAAGUAAUGGCCCUGACUGGGAUGAUUCAGUGGGGUAUGAGACAGAAUGCCGAGAUGGCAAAUCAGUUGAUGGCUGUGGAACGUGUGUUGGAAUAUACACAGAUUGUGCCUGAACCGAAUUUACGCGACCGAGGGAAAUUCGCGAAGAAAACUGAAAAGCAAAUCGCACUUCCUGCCAAUGCACCAAAGAAUUGGCCCGCGGAUGGGAUGAUCAAGUUCAGAAGCGUUUAUAUGAAAUACGUAGAGGAUGAUGCUCCGGUAUUGAAGGGACUGAACAUUGCAAUUAAUCCUGGAGAAAAGAUAGGUAUAGUGGGAAGAACAGGAGCUGGAAAAUCGUCUUUGAUAUCAGCUCUGUUCAGGCUAGCCAAAGUCGAUGGUGUCAUAGAAAUCGAUGGCGUGGACACUGGAUCUAUUUGUUUGGAGGAUUUACGACGUCACAUAUCGAUCAUUCCUCAGGAUCCAGUUUUAUUCUCUGGCACGUUGAGACGGAAUUUGGAUCCUUUCAAUGAAUUUACAGACAAGGCUCUUUGGGAAGUACUGGAGGAGGUGGAGUUAAAAGACGCUGUAACUAGUACUGGAACAGGAUUGGAGAACCGCGUUUUAGAUCGUGGUAGCAACUACAGCGUUGGCCAAAGGCAGCUGGUCUGUUUGGCGAGAGCUAUCUUAAGAAACAAUAAAAUACUUAUGCUUGACGAAGCUACGGCCAAUGUGGAUCCACACACGGAUGCCUUGAUCCAGCAAACGAUACGAAAGAAAUUUGCCAACUGCACUGUACUUACUAUUGCUCACAGGUUAAAUACCAUUAUGGACAGCGACAAGGUGUUAGUUAUGGAUAACGGUCGUAUGGCUGAAUUUGAUCAUCCUCACUUGCUGUUACAAGACAGCUACAGUCAAUUCAAAUCAUUGGUCAAAGAAACCGAUCGUGCUAUGUAUGACCAGUUAGUGAAAAUAGCGAGGCAAUCUUACAUCGCGAGACACGGAGAACGAUGA